AUGGACAGCCGGGUCCUCGAGCAUCCCCACGCCCAGUUCGCAGGCUCCUUGGGCGGGCUGGUGGGCUUCCCGUACGGGCUCGGUCCUCCGCACCACCACCUGCACCACCAGCACCACCACCACCAGCACCUCUACGAGCUCGCCAGCGGACACCAGCUGCAGUCCGCGGCCGCCGCCCCCUUCUCCAUAGACGGAUUACUUAACGGGUCCUGCUCGGCCUCGGUGGUCAGCUCCGACGGCCAGUUCAAACUCUCAGAUUCUGGGGACCCGGAGAAGGACAGUCCCGGUUGUAAAAGGAGACGCACACGGACCAAUUUCACCGGGUGGCAGCUGGAGGAGCUGGAGAAGGCUUUCAACGAGAGUCACUACCCGGACGUGUUCAUGAGGGAGGCUCUGGCACUCAGGCUUGACCUGGUGGAGUCCAGGGUUCAGGUUUGGUUCCAAAACCGUCGUGCCAAGUGGAGAAAGAAGGAGAACACAAAGAAAGGCCCGGGGCGGCCCGCCCACAACUCCCACCCGACCACGUGCAGCGGCGAGCCCAUGGACCCCGAGGAGAUCGCACGCCGGGACCGGGAGCGGGCCGAGAAGAAGAAGCGGAAGCAGGAGAGGAAGCUGCUGAAGUCGCAGAACAAGCUCCUGGCGGGCGACAGCUACCACACGCCCGGAGGUUCGGAGAGCGACAGCGGGGUCUCCCAGUUCACCGACAGCGAGCAGCAGCCGUCCAGCGUCGGCGGGACUAUCCACAUCGAUCUGCCGGCGACCAAGGGCGCGGGGGGAGGAGGGCACCACACCGAAUCCGGCUGCGACCAAACCGGACACGACUUCGGCCAACUGCAAAACCAGCAAAACCAAAGAACGGCGGGAGAACCGGAGCAGGUGUCUCCAGGCAGCACGCACAGCUCCAGCCCUGGAGGCCCCAGGUCCUCCGCCCUGCAGAAACGCAACCCCUUCAGCGUGGAGAGCCUCCUCUCCGACGCCACGCCUCGACGGAAACCUCCGCUGGACUUCCCCUCGUUGCCCAGUCAGAGGACGCUGGUGGGUAAAGGUCACUUCUUGCUUUACCCCAUCACCCAUCAGCCCUUGGGCUUUCUGGUGCCCCAAGCGGCCCUGAAGGCCUCACCGUGCCAGGACAGCAUUCACAGGCUGGCUUUGGGACAGAGGUGUGGGGUCGGUGACGGCGGGGGCCCCGCUCCCACCGACCUCUCCGGCACCUUCGUCCCCAAGCCUCUGAACUCGACUCACACGGAGCCACAUCACAACAAUCGCAUUAGCAAUAGAGCGGACGGAGACACGGGCGCGGAGGAGUGCGGCGGCGGCGGAGAUGGAAGACUCCCCGUUUCUCCGUCAGCAAACGGGCCGAGCUCCGGCGACAGCGACAGCCAGAGGAGUUCCAAAGUUCCGACGGAGGCAGCGACAGACGACGGCGGGCCGGGCGCGAGAGAGGAGCGAGCGUCUCCAGACCCCUCCGAGCGUCUGGAGGCAAACACAGACGGUCAGGAAACACCCGGGACAGAUGGAGAGGACGUCGAUAUGGACUAACACUUGCGAUGGAGCAAACAUAAACAAAAGGACCAGGAAGAACGCCGCUC